AUGGAAAGCACCGCACCACAGACUACCGGCGACUACGGCAUGCCGCCGCUGCAACCCCCUCCGGGCAAUCCACCAGUGGUUAGAUUUGCGCGUGGAACCAUGGAAAGCACCGCACCAGAGACUACCGGCGACUACGGCAUGCCGCCGCUGCAACUCCCUCCGGGUAAUCCACCAGCUGACUGGAGCCAAGAGAGUGUGGGCACGGGUGGGUACAUCAGUAUACCAGUCAAAUAUUGGUGGCCUACCGUGGAUAGUGCAAUUACCCCAGCUGUCGGUUACCGUUUCAACACAAUAGCAGAAGGGGUGCAUUUCUAUAUGACCUAUGCGAGAACAUGUGGCUUCUCUGUGAGGCAAGGCACACUAAAGCGAGGCCGUGAUGGCAAGGUUACAACACGUUAUUUGUUAUGCAACCGAGAAGGCGUAAAAGGUGGCGGUAGAAGCACCCCAAAACCAGUAGAGGGUGGCAGUGGUGGUCCGAGCACUCAACGUAGGAGACGAGUAUCUAACAGGGUUAAUUGCAACGCUCGAAUUUGCAUCACAAAAGACAAAGGUGCGGGCUUCAUUGUCAGUAUUUUUGUUCCCGAACACACCCACCGCAUGUGCUCCGAGCCUUCGAAACUGUUUAUGCGAAUCAACAGAAAACUGGACGUGGCCCAGCAAGCGUUCCUUACGAAUUGUAUUAAAGUUAACGUGGGUGGGUCUAAAGGCUUCCGAUUAUACAAGGAAUCAGUGGGGUCGUUCGCCAACGUUGGUGCAACAGAAACGGAGUUCCAUAAUUUCAAACGGGACCUCCAGUCAUACGUUGCCGAUAAGGACGGAGAGAUGAUCAUUGCAAUGUUUAACCAAAAACAUGACGUCUGUGAGAACUUUUUCUUUGAUUACUAUCUUGAUGAAGGAAACCAUGUUGCGCGUCUUUUUUGGGCUGACCACACCGGGCGUCAAAAUUUUUUGAGUUUCGGUGAUGUGAUUUCUUUUGAUGCAACGUAUGGUACGAAUAGGUACAGUUUGGUGUUCAUACCUUUUACCGGAGUAGACCAUCACAAACGGUGCAUUACGUUUGCUGGUGGGUUGGUAACUCGAGAAGACACUGACUCAUACAUGUGGGUCCUGGAGAGAUUUAAAACAGCAAUGGGAAAGAGCCCCUUGUGCGUCGUAACUGAUGAAGAUCCGGCUAUGAAGAGUGCUAUUGCACGAGUACUGCCAGAGUGCCGUCAUCGUUACUGCAUGUGA